AUGAAAAAUGUGCAUUUCAGAUCCAUGUCUAGCAUACUGAUAUUUUCUUUAAAAUGUAUUUGCAUCCUGUAUACAAGGAAGGAAGAAAUGGUUUUGAAGUUUAUUAAGAAAAUAAUUUUUCUCCUCAUGGUCAUGCUUGGCAUUCUGGGGAACAUGUCUGUUUCUGUGAACUACAUGUUCAGCUGGUGGGGAGGCCCUGAGAAGAAACCCAUACACCUGAUUCUCAUCCACUUGGCUUUUACAAACAUCAUGAUUAUUCUUGCAAAAGGAUUGCCGAAGACAAUAGAAGUUUUUGGAUUGAGAAACUUCCUGGAUGACAUAGGCUGUAAGAUCCUCAUUUACCAGGAGAGGGUGGCCCGUGGCCUCUCCAUCUGCACCAGCAGUCUCCUCACUGUGAUCCAGGCUAUCAUCAUCAGUCCCAGAGCAUCUGGGUGGAGGAGGCUCAGACCAAAUUCUGCAUGGCACAUCCUUCCAUUCUUCUUAGUCUUUUGGAUACUCAAUUCUUUAAUAGGUUUGAACCUUAUCCAUUCCACCACAAGAACAAAAAUGAAUGUAUCACAGCUUAUGGGUGAUGAUAAGUAUUGUUAUUUUAUGCUGCCAACUCAGAAUAUAAAAUGGAUUGUUCUCCCUCUCAUGGUCCUGAGAGACGCAGUGUUCCAGGGCGCCAUGGGAGGGGCCAGUGGCUACAUGGUGUUUCUUCUUCACAAGCACCACCAGCAUGUCCUCUACCUUCAGAACUCCAAGCUUCUCUACAGAACUCCCCCUGAGCUGAGAGCUGCUCAGAGUGUCCUCCUUCUGAUGCUCUGUUUUGUUUUCUUCUACUGGUCAGAUUGUGCCUUUUCUCUAUUUUUAAGUCUUUCAUCAAGAGAUAAUACCUUGAUGGUAAAUACACUAGACUUUCUGUCUCUUGGUUAUGCAACUUUUAGCCCCCUUGUGCUGAUUCACAGGGAUGGGUUUUUUCUUAAGUAUUGGCAUGCUCAGUGGGAGAAAAUGGGAAACUGUCUUUCUCAUUACAUGUUCAACAGGUAA